GUGACUGUAAGCAAACGUGAGUGUAAAGAUACCGUGUCCUCUGGGCCUUUGGGCACUGAGAUGUUUACGUAGGGUCCUGGGGAGGCACUUCCGCGGGACUCCGCGGCUCGCGAGCCUCACCCCCAGCCUCCCGGCGCGCCCAGGCCAGGACGCGGGCUCUGCGGGGUCGGGGAGCCCAGUGCGAAUCCCCUGGGCUGGUUCCCGAGGCCAGAGAGCUCGGCGUUCCAGGCAGUGCCCGGUAGCCGUACCCACCCUCGCAGCCCCAUCACUUUCUGAGGCUGUCAGCAGAGAGCCCCGCCGGGCCAGAGAGGCGGGACGGCUGGGGAUGGCCUCUCUGCGCCCUCUGCGCGUCGGCAUUCUUCGCCGGGCAGUUGGGGCGCCCUCCGCUGUGGCCCUGGGCGGAGGAGAGGAGUUUCCGGGGCUCCGGUCCCCGAAGCCAUCCCGGCCGGGGAGGCGCGGAAGCGAGUGGGCGGCGAGAGGCGGAGCAAGGGCCGCGGGGGGCGUGGACGCAGCCGGCUUUGGAAAGGCCCCAAGUUAAUGAGGCGUGCGCCGGCGGCAGAGCGCCUUUCGGAGCUGGGCUUUCCCCCGCGGCGCGGGCGCCAAGAGCCGCCUUUUCCGCUGGGUGUCACUCGGGGGUGGGGAGGAUGGCCCAUUCAAAAGCGCCGCGAGGGGGCCCGGCCAGUGCCCUUCAGUGAGCGCUCGCAAGAGGACGGCAGAGGCCCGGCGUCUCGCAGCUCCGGGACCUUGUGGCGCAUCAGGACGCGGCUGUCCUGCUGCCGGGACCCCGAGCCGCCGCCGUCGCUCUGCUUCCUGCGCGUUAGCCUCUUCUGCGCGCUCCGGCCGGGCGGCCUCGGGAGCCGCUGGGGCGAGGACGGCGCGCGGCUGCUGCUGCUGCCCCCGGCCCGGGCGGCUGGAAGUGGAGAGGCCGAGCCGAGCGGCGGCCCCCCCUAUGCCGGGAGGAUGUUGGAGAGCAGCGGCUGCAAGGCGCUGAAGGAGGGUGUGUUGGAGAAGCGCAGCGACGGGUUGCUGCAGCUCUGGAAGAAAAAGUGCUGCAUCCUCACUGAGGAAGGGCUGCUGCUCAUCCCGCCCAAGCAGCAGCAGCAGCAGCAGCAGCAGCAGCAGCAGCAGCAGCAGCAGCAGCAGCAGCCCGGGCAGGGUCCGGUCGAGCCUCCCCAGCCUGGAGGCCCCGCUGUGGCCAGCCUCGAGCCGCCGGUCAAGCUCAAGGAACUGCACUUUUCCAACAUGAAGACUGUGGACUGCGUGGAACGCAAGGGCAAGUACAUGUACUUCACUGUAGUGAUGGCCGAGGGCAAGGAGAUCGACUUUCGGUGUCCGCAGGACCAGGGCUGGAACGCGGAGAUCACGCUGCAGAUGGUGCAGUACAAGAACCGGCAGGCCAUCCUGGCGGUCAAGUCCACGCGGCAGAAGCAGCAGCACCUGGUGCAGCAGCAGCCCCCGCAGCCGCAACUUCAGCCUCAACCCCAAACCCAGCCUCAGCCUCAGCCCCCGUCCCAAGCCCAGCCGCAGCCUCAAACCAAGCCGCAGCCCCAACCCAAGCCCCAGCCUCAGCCUCAGCCCCAGCCCCAGCCCCAGCCGCAGCAGCUCCACCCGUAUCCGCACCCGCAUCCUCACUCGCACCCGCACCCGCACUCGCAUCCGCACUCACACCCGCACCCGCACCCACACCAACAACCGCUCUCGCAGCCCCACGGCCACCGGCUUCUCCGCAGCACCUCCAACUCUGCCUGAAGAGGGCAGCACCCGGGCCAGACGAGGUUUUGAGGACUUGAGGAAGUGGGACGAUCACCCUUCUAUUGUCUUCACUUGGAUUGAAAACAAGUCUCCCCGCCCCGCACCAGAUCAAGUAGUUUGGACAUAAACCGACUGAUAACUUGAGAUUCCGCUUCGUUUUCUGCAUUCUCUUUCUUCAUCACAAUGCAGGAAAUGAUUUCGAGUCCAGAAGGCUUUAUUUAUGAACCUUUGAAAGGAUCUUCCAGUAUGGUGGACCUUCUAGGAGCGAUCAUGUACUGUAAUUUUAUUUUAAUGUAUUUUGAUUUAUGAUUAUUUAUUAGUUUUUUUUAAAUGCUUAUUCUAAGACAUUUCUGAAUGUAGGCCAUUUUCCAAAAAAGAAACUUUAUUUUCAAAAACCUAUUCCGUAGUAAGUUCUAAUCUUGGAAAAGAAGGAAGUAAAAGGGCGGUGGAGGGGAAUACAUUAAGAAUCCAUUCAUUAUUCCUAGGGCAUUUUCAGAAGGUCUGACGCUUCAUUGUUGUACCAGGUGAUUGAAAUUAAACUCUGUGAUAUUA